AACGAACCGAACAACAUGUCAUACGUCAAAGUCACCGUGGAUAAACUACUCAAAGGCUACGACAUUCGUCUCAGGCCUGACUUUGGAGGUCCUCCGGUUGACGUCGGUAUGAGUAUUGAUAUCGCCAGUAUCGAUAUGGUGUCGGAAGUGAACAUGGACUACACCAUCACCAUGUAUUUCCAGCAGUCUUGGCGUGAUAAGCGUCUGUCCUACACAGGAAUCCCUCUCAAUCUUACUUUAGACAACCGAGUGGCUGAUCAACUCUGGGUGCCUGAUACUUACUUCAUAAAUGACAAGAAAUCUUUUGUUCAUGGAGUCACAGUGAAGAACCGCAUGAUUCGUUUGCACCCUGACGGAACGGUGCUCUAUGGCCUCAGGAUAACUACCACAGCUGCAUGUAUGAUGGAUUUGCGCAGAUACCCACUGGAUGAGCAGAAUUGUACGCUGGAGAUUGAAAGUUAUGGCUACACCACAGAUGACAUUGAGUUUUACUGGCAGGGAGGAAGUUCGGUGACAGGGGUGGACAACAUUGAGCUGCCACAGUUCUCUAUCAUUGAUUAUAAAACACUGUCUAAGAAAGUGGUGUUCGCCACAGGGUCUUAUCCACGUCUGUCUCUAAGUUUUAAACUGAAGAGAAACAUUGGAUAUUUCAUCCUUCAGACCUAUAUGCCUUCAACACUGAUCACAAUCUUGUCUUGGGUCUCCUUCUGGAUCAACUAUGAUGCUUCAGCAGCAAGAGUUGCACUAGGAAUCACCACUGUUCUGACUAUGACCACAAUCAACACUCAUCUUAGGGAGACAUUACCCAAGAUCCCAUAUGUGAAGGCCAUAGACAUCUAUCUGAUGGGCUGCUUUGUGUUUGUGUUCCUGGCCUUGCUCGAGUAUGCCUUUGUCAACUACAUCUUCUUUGGCCGUGGUCCCCACUUACAGAAGAAAGUGGCAGAAAAAGCUGCAAAAAGCAACAAUGAGAAGAGUCGAAUGGAAAGUAACAAAGUUCAGGUUGAUGUCCAUGGACACAUUCCUCUAACAAACCUUGAUCUGCACCUUAGCGGGGCCGAGAUAUUAGGAGCUCUUGGGGACCCAAGGAACACCAUGUUCUCUUAUGAUAGUGCCAGCAUUCAAUACCGUAAGCCCCUUACAGGGCGUGACCUCUAUGUCCGUCCCACUGCCUCUCUCGAGAGGCCAAUAACCCAUAAACAGAGUCAUCUUAAGAGGCGAGCCGCUCAGCUGAAGGUGAAAAUUCCAGACCUUACAGACGUAAAUGCCAUCGACAAAUGGUCACGUGUCAUCUUUCCCAUCACCUACACCUUCUUUAACUUAGUAUACUGGCUGUAUUAUGUCCACUAGGGGGCAUCACUGAAUCAAAUCCAGGCAUUCACGCAUCAACUCGGGCUCCUGAAUGAGGUGCAUUCCAUAGGUAGCCCUUGUCUGUGUAAUGUUUUAGGAUAUUUAACUAUAAAAUAUAUACAUAUGUAUGCUGUAAAUCUAUAUCAAAGUUUUUAUGUAAGAAAAAAAGUGUAUAUAAUUAUUAAACUUUUAAAGCUACUCAAUGUAGAAUUAGUUUGACAUUGUCACUGGAUUUCUGCACUUUGCAUCUGUGGAAUCAGUUUCAUAUGGGCUUUAAAGGAGACUACAGCCUCACAAUGAGGGAAACACUUUCCCUUGCAGAGAUCCUGCAUGACUGCAUUGCAUCUCUAUGUCGGAGAGUCUUAAACCACUGUAAAACAGCAGUUGGAAGUUGUUAGUUAGGAGAAGAAGUUAGGGUUAGUUAGGGGUAGGGUUAGGUUAGGAGAAUAGUGUUAGGUUAGGAUCUUCAACAAUGAAAAUUAUAUAAGCAUCAUUGUAAUAAGAUACAUUUACUUGAGAAGCUUAAUUUCAUACAAUAUUAAAACUUGUUUUCAGAGGAUAUAUCUUGAAUUAAGAUUCUUUACUCAUUGGAAGUUUUUUUUUUUCUCUGGUUUUAACUUUGAGUUUUUUUUUUUACUCCAAUAGUCUUAUUAUCUUACACAAGAUUGCUUCUCAUGUAAAUUGAUCUUGUUUCAGAUCGUUUUAGUGGUUGUUUGGCUGAGAAAGAAGUCUUUAAUGAGGAAACCAUUUCUAGACAAAACCUUUUCUUCUUAGUAAGACUUCAGUAACUUCACUCUGCCACCAAGUAAUGGGCAAAAGACCUCAUCAUUUGGGUUGUUAUUUUCUGCAGCUCUUGUGUGUGUGGCAGUUUUUGUGUGGCAGUUUUUAUGUGGCCUAACACACCAUUUGUGCUCUGAUAUCAUUUCUUGCUAUGUACAGUAAAUAAUCUGAUAAGCAUAGCUAUCUGAGAUUCUAUACAUCAACAUAAGACAUGAUGACAAGCAGGUAUAAUAACUGUGUUUUCACAGUAAAAAUUCUCACAGUAUGUAAACAUAUCAGGUAUCGAAAGAUUUAUUAUUUUAUCAUGAUUUUAAAUAAAUCCAGGAAUCCUGCAUAUAAAUUCAUCCAAGUGGCAGUUUUUUUUUUUUUUUAACUGCAAAACCCAGUAUGCUUAAUCCAGACUUGAAGUAUUCGCAA